AGCGGAGGUGGGAGCCUGAGGCGGCAGCGGCGGCGGCAGCGGCCUCCCUCCGUCCUCCCUCCCUCCCUCCCUCCUCCCGCCCGCCCAGCUCGCCUCCCGGCUGCCCUUGUGCCUCACACACCCCCCUGGCCUCCUCCGUCCCAGCGCUCGCUCCAGGAGCUGAGCCGGCCCCGCCUGAGGAGCAGCAGCGGCGGAAAGAUCCAGCUUCCUUCAGUCAAAUAAGACUUUCUACCUUGAUGCUGAGAAUCCUUAAAGACAGUGAACAAGGAGGCUGAGUGGUGACAACAAUCUGAGAGGUCCAGGCCAACAUUCCAGACUGAAAGCAGUGGAAGAGUAGCUCCAACGUGGAUCUCCUGACUCGGAAAAUCUGAGUACAGUGGGACAAGCUUUCUCAAGAGUUCGGGUCUAGAGCUGAUGGCAGACAAUGUCAACAACUAACAACAUAGCUCAGGCUCGGAAGCUGGUGGAACAGCUCCGCAUCGAGGCUGGAGUGGAGAGGAUCAAGGUCUCCAAAGCCUCCUCCGAGCUCAUGAGUUACUGUGAACAGCACGCCCGGAAUGAUCCCUUGCUGGUGGGAGUGCCUGCCUCAGAGAACCCCUUCAAGGACAAAAAGCCUUGUAUCAUCCUGUAGCUCCAUCCUCCUGUGCGUACAGAGCCUCUCUCCCUGGAAGGGCCAUCCCCGUUCAAUACCGAUCUCAAGCCAAACCUGUCCUAAGUCACAAAAACUCUCGACGGCCAAAACCAUCCCCAGCACCAUUGCGGCCACCCCCACCACCAUGAGGAGGGGCGAACACUAUGCUUUGUGUUCGGGUGGAAAAUCAAAUCCAGCGUGCCCACAAGGUGGGGUCAGCCUACCAAUUUGAAGCAGUCUAAAUGUCCUUGAGAGGAGGGGUUAGGGUCAGGGUUUUGAUUUUUUUUUUUAAGAUACUCUAGUGCCAUUUAAAUAGUGGUUUCAAAAUAAGGGUGGGUGGAGAGACAGGGGGAGACCUAGGACGUCUGCCAGUUAUUAGAGGGCCCUCCCAUCAAGGUCAAAGUGAACUUAGAUUGUAAUUCUUCCUAGAUUGGCCUGCCAUUCAGAGACUCGGGUUAGAUUGGCAGGAGUUCAGAGUUAAAGGAAUUGCUCAUUCUUUUAAAAAAGAAACCUACUCUUUCAUUUAAAAAAGAAAAAACAUAUGGAAAUUAUGCAUUGCUAAAAGGGGACCAGGGGAGGAUAUUUUGACAACAGUAUCAUAUAAACGGAUAAUGAAGGCAUGGAUGGGAGGGGAGGGAGGCAGAGGGCAUAGGGAAGGGAAGUUAUCCAUGGAUUAGAGCAUGCAUUUCCCAACUCACACAACAUAUGGCAUUUGUAUCUCCACCACCACAUUGUGGGCAGCACUCUCUGUAUAGCUCCCCAGCCAUCAAGGGAAUUAAUUGACAGUGGCUUGAACUGGGGAGUGCCCAUCUCCUUGCAUUGCCAAUUUGGGAAGGGGGGGGGGAGGGGCAUUGGGGGGAAGCAUGAAGUAUAGAUGUGGGUAUUUGAAAUCUUUGAUUCCAUCCUAGCUCUUCAAUUUCUGUGUAUUGUUGCCUGAGAGGAGGCUCAGGAUGAAUCCUUUGGUCUUGUCUUCUGAGAAUUGGGGGUGGGAGUGGGGUCAGAAUUGCUUUUUGCUUCUGAGGAUAAGGGGGUUUGAAAGUUAUUCAUUUGUUGUUGUUAUUGGGUUUUUUUUUAAUUAACUGUAUAGCUUAAUCCUUUUUUUAAACUCCUGCUCAUUUAAGAGAUGAUUCUUUGUCAAAGACACUAAAAUAAGUGCCCCCCAAGGGUCCUCGGUUUCCUUUCUCCAGGAUCAAAAUGUGCCCACCUACCCCUUUAAAUCCCAGAAAAGUGGAGCUUAAGUCAAUUCAGUUCAAUCCUACAGCCAAUUAUUAAAUACUAUGUGCCAGCUCUUGUACUAAACACCAGGUAGAGUUUAAGGCAUGCACUAAGAUAAAAAGAAAUUGUCCAUGUCCUCCUGAAGUUUAAAAUCCUAUAGAGGAGGCAAAACUCUUGCACAGUUAACAGCAACAUAAAUUGGAAUAAAAGGAGCCAAAGGAGACGUCCCUCUCAGGUGCUGGAGGAUCUCAGAGGAUGUUGAGGGGUAGUGCUUCUGUGGGGAGUCAGGAAAAGCUUCAUGGAGGAGGUUCUACCUGAGUCAGGCCUUAAAGAAAAGACAGAGGGAUGAUGAAAUAUUGUUAGAGCCAGAAUGCUGAGCUUCCCUGACCCUCAUGUCCAAUGAAGAGAAAUUCUCUUCCUCCUCACUAGGAAUGACCCAACACUAGAAAUACCCAGUGAAGCAACUCCUUUUACCUUAUUUGCUGCUAUUACUGGCAGCCUAUAACAAAGCAAAGAAAGUCUCUCCUCUGCUGUAUCAUAGAAUUUGGAGUUGAGACUUUAAAGAUAAACUAGUCCAAUUGUCUCAUUUUCAAUUGAGGUCUCCAGAAUCAAGUGACUUGCUACAAGGUCACACAAUGACAGAGCUGGUAUUGAAACCCUGCUUAAGGUUUAUUGUCCAAAAUAGUCCUCUGGGAGUUGCAUGUAAACUGAGGGACAGGGGAAGAAUAGAGCUCAGGGAAGCCUCUCCCUUCCCAUUUACCAGCCAAAUCUCUUUACUCAAUAGCAAGGCCAUGGCCUCCUAGCAUGUGCUAAAAAAGCCAGAUUUUAGAUGACUGAAUUCAUAGUGUCACAUACUAAGAGACUUUAGAGAUCUUAUUCCUCCAAGUGAUUCCCCUGUCCACAAACUUAUUACCAAGGGACCUUGACCUUAUUUCUUGAACCUAUAGUGAUUUGUCCUCUUCCUCACUCUCAGCUCCUUCCUCGUGAGCUUUGAUGUUCUAAGGAUGCAGAAUUUGGAGCCAAGAUAGGGACCUCCAGAUCAUCUAAUCCAUUUCACAAAAGUUAAAAAAGAGGCUCAGAGAGAUUAAGGAAAUUACCCAAUGUCACACAUGUCUGGGAAGUAGCAAAGCCAAGGUUUCAACCCAGAUCUUCUGACUACAAAUUUUCACUGCCUGUGAAAGAGAUUUUAUCAAUUUACAGAAAAGCUUGGGUUAAGGCCAAUCUAGUCCAAUCCCCUCAUUUUAUAGAAGAAACUCAAGGUGGGGAAGGGACUUGCACAAGGUCAUUAAGUGGCAGAACCAAAACUUUAGAAAUCUGCUCUUUCUACAUUGCUGAAGGCAAAGAACCUUCCCACUGGGAUAAUUGUGCCAAAUUCCCAGAUGAAUUUACUUAGAACUGCCCUAGGAAUCACAUAGCAAAGAGUACUCAGCUGUCCAGCAGCAUGAUUUCCAAGGGACAACAUUGAGCUGGGAUUUGGGAGAGAAAAUUACAAUCCUAGGCCCCACUUACUUAGUAGCUAAAACAGCCAUUGUGUUGAGUGAGGGUGCCACAAUUUCCCACCCUUUAUCUUUGAGAUAAAUAGGUGUGGCUAGUGCUAACCGGCUUUGGACUCUUGUCCACCCUCGCUUGAGUGUUCUGGCAGUCCUCUCAGCCAGAGCACCAAACACACCUCCUCCUUGGCCCCUUCCUGCUUUAAGAAAGGGAAAGUUCAAAGGAUCCCUGCUUCAUUCCACUUCAACUUCAUCAUAGGAUCUCAAGUUGAAAAGGACCCUAAUGUUCAUUGAAUCUAAACCUUUCAUGUUAUUUAGAUAAGGAAACCGCAGUCCAGUGAAAAAAGAUGAUUUGCCCAAGAUUAUUGAGAGUCUGGAUUCAGACCAGUCCUCUGAUGUUAAAUCUAAUGUAAGAACCUUAAGGUGUCUGGGUCCCAAUGGUCCCAAGGACCAUUUUUAGGGAUAUUUAAAAGACUUAGUGGUGGCAAAUACUGCAUGCUCUUUUAACUGCCAGCUGAGUGUGAGACUAUUUACAAGGUGAUUCAUCUUCCCCUCCAAUACUAGUUCAGGAACUUCCUAGAUCAUAUCCUUCAGGCCACAAACCCAGCCUUAGGGCCCUCAAGGUCUAGCCCUUAAAAGUGCCAGAACACAGGCCAAGGAAAGGAAAAGAUGACUGAAGAAAAAGGGGAAGUCAAGUCCUCCAGGAUGUACAGCUGGAGAGGGGACAUUUGUCAGAAAUACAGCUUGUGAAGACCCCAUCUGCCCCAAAGAUGGCUCUGUAGAUCUGUCUUUCAUUCCUCCAUCUUAAUAGCACUGUGAAACUUUAGAAAUAAAAAAAAUGAGACUUCCCCUCUAUCUGGCCUUGAAAAAAGCAAAAUAAGUGCUGAGUAUGUUUCUCUGGUGGAAACUUUAAAUAUCAUCAAAUCCAAACCCUCUCGUUUUGCUUGAAGGGAAAUUGAGGCCUGAAAAAGGAAUAUAAUUUGUCUAAGAGGGUCUGGCUCUUUCAGCAAAAGUCCUAGAUCACUUGCACCCUCCUCCCUGAAGCACUGGCUUAUCCCAGACAUUCAGCUCUGCUAUGGAUCUGGCUGGGCAUUUACACACAAGUUUCUGGGCCACAGGUGAGACCUUCUCUCUAGAUCCUUUUGAUUUCUCAGUAUUGCAGUAGACCUUGUUUACCUUCCUCCAGAAAAUACAUUUUGUUUUGCCAAUUCCCAGGGCAUUGCCCCUACCUUUUCUCCUGCCCAGGAGUGGGCAGCUGUGCCAAAUCUGAAAGGGAAUCCCUUCAUAGCAGAGCCCUGGCUAAUAGCUGACCUCUGUCCAAGUGCCAGUGACAUCAUCCUGAUUAUCCAGGAGAUGAAACCAGUUAAUUUACAAUGAGGGGGUUGGACUAGAUAAUCUAAGGGCCCUUCCAGCUCUUUUAUAGUCUUCGAAUGUAAUUCUGAGGGACCUUGGCAGGAAAAAAUUAGAUCCAGAAGUUGUCAUGAGCCAGGCUUUAGCCUCAAGAAAUCAUGAUAGCUUAUGGACACCAUUCAGUUCAAAUCUAGCUUCCCUUGGGCUCCCACAUACCUGACCUGCCUCUAUUUGUGCUCUGCCUAUUUUGCUCCAAUAUUCCUAGAUAAAGAGGAGAAAGCAGGUCAGGAUUUGAAAAAGGACAGAGUCCGACAGCCUCCCUGGGAACUUUUGGCCAGUGAAAGCCAACCACCUUACUAAAAGUAAAGGACUCAAUUUCCCCAAGAUGAGUUUUUUUUUAUUUCUCCUAGAGAACAAAUUAGUCUCAUGAUGACACUAGGCAGAGUACAGAGCUAGCCUAGGUAACCAUGGAAACCCAGUUUCUAUUCUCCAAAUAGCCAAAUACCAAUAUUUAGAUGCCAAUAUUAAAACAACCAAUUAAGCUCCUGCCAGCAUACAGAGUGUUGUGCUCUAGAUUGGAAGCACAAUUUGGAUGAGAUGUAGUCACUGUCCUUGCAGAGUGAGUAUUUGUCUGCCUUUGUGAGGUCGUCUAGAGGAGUAAUCAGAGCUGGGAAGACUAAGCAGUUUUUGUCUCUGACAAACAUGCCCCACACUCUUAGCUUCACAUCCUACUUUUUCCACUGACUUUUCCUUCCCUAGCUUCUUGGAUGCUGCCCUAUGAGUCUCCUUCCCCACGUCUCAUCUGGGUCAGAAAUCCUCCUUAGAGAUUGCUUGCUCAGCCCCUGCAUAACCUAGAUGAUGAAAUGGGAUCCCAAGGUCAGUGGGAAAACUAAGAUUCCCUCAUGGGUCUCCAGCCUCCCAUAGGUGGCACUUCAUGGUAUUUUUUUGCCCAUCCUCUCCUUCAGUAACCCUUCCCUCUUUGCUGGCUGCUCCUCCCGCAUCCCCUGUGUGCCCACUAUCAGGCCUGGGGUGAGGAGAGGUGAGUUGAGGAAAGCUGGGGAUUCAUGGCACCUGUGCUCAAACCGGGAGGAGGCAGGAAGGUGGUCACUCACUUUCUACAAAGAAAAAUCCUCAAAAUUUUUAUUCUUCUCUUAUCAAUGUUCAUACAGUAGAUGAGAUGUUUUUGUUUAGGAUAAACAUACAUACAAAUAACAGUUACUGCUUGUACUUUUCUGUCUGUGCAUUUGCCAAAAAGAAAAAAAAUUAGAUUUUCUUUAGGACUUUUAAGUGCUCUCUACAAGGCAGGAAGGUAGCUUCUCUCCUGCUUCCAGUGGCAGUGGCAGCAGGUGGCCUAGGCCAAGCCCGAACCUUGGGACUAUUUGAGACCAGCCAGCCAGCUUCUGAAGGUAUUAGCAAGAAUUGGGAAAAAGGAACUGAAAGCAGGGCAUGGCAAUGGGAAAUGGAAUUUCCAUUGCAUCUGCAAAGCCAUUCACUUUUUUCCGUGGCUGGAGAGGAUAAGGGGCCCUGGAGCACUAGGAUUUCCACCUGCCCUGGCCUAAGCAGGCUCUCACCCAGGCCCACCUGGGAACCUGCGGAAAGGUUAAUCCCAUGUGAUUGUAGGGUGAUUUCUCUCCUUCUCAAAAUGGCCUGGCUUCCUCUAAGCCUAGAGUGAGAUUGCCUGGUCAACCCCCUGAGCUGAACGAUCCCCCGGGGUCAUGACCUUUGACCCCAGGGAUGGAAGCUUCUGAGGCCUGCUCCAGAACAGAAAGGGGCUGUCUUUUGUCCUUCGGGCCCAAGCCUGAUACAGUAGGGUCCCAAAGUCCUCAGAAAUGGGGCCUUCAGGCAACUCCUCCAUCUCCUUCACAGCCUAAUUCCCGGGCCCUUGCCUUCUGGAAGGCCGGACUAGCCGAGCUCAGCCCCUGAGGAGUUUCCAAACUAGGUAAAAGCGCCGUGGCUCCUCCUUGAGGAGCACUUGCCCAGGAAGCGGACAGAGCAUUUAACUCCCUGAGAAGCCGCGUCGAACAUUUUCCUUUCUUUCUUCUUUCUUUGCCAACUGAUACCAUUGCCAAACACCCAUGGAGCUUAAGAGAGACUGUUUCAGGAAGCGUUCUUGGGGGCUAGCAAGGUGCCCAGCCGCCCUGGGAACAGCCGAGGUGGAGGGGGACUCCAGGUGUGCCAUCAGCUAUUCUCGCACAGUGUUGACUGUUUUGUGGAACUGUUGUUACAAAGUGAAUUGAUACCACAAUAAAAACAAAAAAGGCUUA